AUGGCGGAAGGUGGUAGCGGAAUCGACCGUAAGGCCGACGAGAGGAUGGAAUUCUCCACCUCCAAAGAAGUCACCGUCCACCCGACCUUCGAGUCCAUGUCCCUCAAAGAGAACCUCCUCCGUGGAAUCUACGCAUACGGUUACGAGUCCCCUUCAGCUGUCCAGUCCCGUGCCAUCGUCCAGGUCUGCAAGGGCCGCGAUACCAUCGCCCAGGCGCAAUCCGGCACGGGUAAGACGGCGACCUUCUCCAUCAGCAUGCUUCAGGUCAUCGACACGGCUGUGCGUGAGACCCAGGCUCUCGUUCUCUCCCCGACGCGCGAACUUGCGACCCAGAUCCAGUCCGUCGUCAUGGCCCUUGGCGACUACAUGAACGUCCAGUGCCACGCCUGCAUCGGCGGAACCAACGUUGGCGAGGACAUCCGCAAGCUCGACUACGGCCAGCACAUCGUCUCGGGUACGCCCGGCCGCGUCGCCGACAUGAUUCGCCGCCGUCACCUGCGCACCCGCCACAUCAAGAUGCUCGUCCUCGAUGAGGCCGACGAACUGCUGAACCGCGGUUUCCGUGAGCAGAUUUACGACGUGUACCGCUACCUGCCUCCCGCGACGCAGGUUGUUGUCGUGUCUGCUACGCUGCCGUACGACGUGUUGGACAUGACAACCAAGUUCAUGACGGACCCCGUGCGCAUCCUCGUCAAGCGUGACGAGUUGACCCUCGAGGGUCUGAAGCAGUACUUCAUCGCCGUCGAAAAGGAGGACUGGAAGUUCGAUACCCUCUGCGAUCUCUACGAUACCCUGACGAUCACGCAGGCCGUCAUCUUCUGCAACACGCGCAGAAAGGUCGACUGGCUGACGGACAAGAUGCGCGAGGCCAACUUCACCGUCAGCAGCAUGCACGGCGACAUGCCGCAGAAGGAGCGUGACAGCAUUAUGCAGGACUUCCGCCAGGGCAACAGCCGUGUUCUCAUCUCCACGGACGUCUGGGCGCGUGGUAUCGACGUGCAGCAGGUCAGCUUGGUUAUUAACUACGAUCUGCCGAGCAACCGUGAGAACUACAUCCACCGUAUCGGUCGUUCCGGCCGUUUCGGACGUAAGGGUGUCGCCAUCAACUUCGUCACCAGCGAAGAUGUGCGAAUUCUUCGCGAUAUUGAGUUGUACUACUCUACCCAGAUCGACGAGAUGCCCAUGAACGUGGCCGAUCUCAUUUCUUAA